AUGAAGAGGGAUGAUGCUGAUACUGGUGACUAUGGUAGAUUAUAUUCAUAUGAAGAUGAGAUACAAAUUUCCAGUGAAGAAACAUUUACUGAUAUGAAAGAUAUAGAGAAUAUUAAUUCACUUGAUGGAGAAGAACUAAACGGUGAAGUAAUUGCAGCAAACAGUGCGAAAGAACCAUCGGAAGAAGAACUAAACGCUGUCCGUCCAUACGUCGGAAAAAAAUUUGAAUCUCAAGAUGAAGCAUAUGAUUUCUAUAACAGGUUUGCAGGUAAAGCUGGAUUCAGUAUUCGUUGGCACUCUACCAAUAAGUCUAGGGUUGAUCCUUUUGAAGUGAUAGGGCGUACAUUUUGUUGUUCAUGUCAAGGAUUGAGAAACCGUAGAUCUAAGCCUGUUGAACAAAGGAAAAGGCAUCAAGAAGAUGUGAGGACAGAUUGCAAGGCAGUGAUGAUGAUAAAGAAGAGAAACGAUAGAUGGGUUGUGUCCGGUGUUGUAGAAGAACACAAUCAUAAACUUGUUUCCACAAGUAAAAGGCACAAUCUCCGAUCAUUGAGAAAAAUAAGUAGUAGCCACAAACAACAAAUCGUGAACUUUAGACUAGCAGGCGUUAAAACAAAUCAAUUGAUAAAUUAUUUGGAAGUUGAGAAUGGUGGAGUGAAGAACAUUGGGUUUCUUCCAAAAGAUGCUAUAAUUUAUUUGAGUACAAAAAGGAAGUUGGAGCUAAAACAUGGAGAUGCUCAAGCUGUACUAGAUUACUUCGAACGCCAGCAAAUGGAAAAUCCAUCAUUUUUCUAA